AAAUAAUGAGUACACAUUACUAUCAAUAAACAAUGAUAUCUUAUGGAAUGUGGAUAUAGUUUUCUUGGUGACCUUAAGGAUCAUGAACAUUUUAUUGCUCACUAUUACCUUCAUUGAUUUUGAUGUUCUUCAUUGUAUAAAACGUCUCAGGGUCUCCGGAGUAUGUCAUUCAUCUGGUGAUGUCGUUCGAUGUUGCACCGAUUACAGACAAGAUGGAGAAAUAUGUCUACCUUGCAUAGGAUCUUUUGGUGUUAACUGUACUGGUGGUGUUUGUGCAGAAGGGUUCUAUGGCUUUGGCUGCAGAGGAAUUUGCAACUGCAGUAAAGAUGAAAUAUGCGACCGUCGACUUGGUUGUGAAAAUAAAACUUUAGAAAUAAGUAACACUACAACAGGGACCACGAGCAAUGUUGUGAUAAUAAUGUGUGGUAUUAUACUCUGUCUGAUUUUACUGCUACUGGCAAUUGGAAUAAGAAGCAAAAUCUUACACGGUCGCCACCGUAUCCAUGAUAAUAAUCAGAGGGAAAAUACCAUUACCAUGAAUUCUGAAUCCUACAGCAAUGUGGGAGAGGAAAAUCAAACAUACAAUGAAUGCUAUCCUAUGAGUAUGAUCAGGGAUGUCCCGGAUAAUGAGUUUGCACAUACUAACAAUGCUGACCAAAUAUCCGGGCAGUAUAUUGCAGUGAAUACGACGGCUCCGCCACGUGAAGGCGUUUUUACGUCCAUCCAACAAGCUUUUCAGGAGAACAAAAAGAGGAAUGAAAUAUUAGUUUUACUGUCCAAAAGAAAAACUAAAUCGCAGAACACGACCCCUGGAUGUAACUAUCUUUCUCUUCUAGAGACUCACCAGGAUUGUAUUAAUGGUGAAGAAUCUUGAAAAAUAAAUAAUUAAAAAAGAGCAUGGGUCGGAUUAAAGCAUCUCUAUGUUUUCUGCAGCUGGUACUCUUGAUAAUUGAUCCGGAGCAAGCAUUUUGAUUUGACUUUCAUUUUACACUCUUAAUCAUUUUAUGGAUUUAAGAUUGUUUGCUUAAUUUGAGUAUGUUGCUUCAAAAUGAGUUGAGUGGAAUGGGAAUGUCUCAACCAGAAGAUUGCAGAAUGAGAAUCAUUUCUGUCUAUAUAUGAUCAGAACGAUAAAAUGCAUGGAUUGAUAAAGGAAUUUGUCAAGAAAAUUGAAUUCGUAGAAAUAGGUGAUUCUAAUUCUGAAGCAGAUACAUCUAUUAAAACAAACAGGAUUGGUAAUAGAG